AUGGAGCUAAGCAUGAUCAUACUGGAUAGCAUCGCACGCGACCCUGUGAGCCGCAAGGCGACGGCCAACCGGGCUGUUAUUUUACGCCCUGCGUGCGCUACCCUAGUCCCUCCCGCGGUCUGCGACGAACUGACUCGUCACAGGGAACUCCAGCCAUUUAUAUACCGUCAGGGGUUGGGACAAUCGGACGUCGGGCGCCGGCUUGGCGGGCGCGGAUUCGGGUGCGUGCGAUCGAUGUCCUCCGGAGACUACCCGGCGCCGCUCGCGUCGGCGAAGUUCCGCGGCGCGUCGAUCUACUCGACACAAGGCACCGUGUUCGGCGCCCGCCAGCCUGUCUGCCGCGACAGUAAACAUUCGGAGAUAUCGCAUCCCAACGGUCAUUUUAGCUUGCACCAUUAUCUUAAGAGUCUGUUUACACUGACGCCCGGUUUC